CUUCACAAAGAAAUGGGAUAAGUAAAAUCGCAACAGAUUGACAUUUGCAUUUCAAAGAAGUUUUAAACUUUUAAUUCAAACAUUAUUUCUAAAUUUUACAGUUUAAUAUUGCUUCGGAUCUCUGUAUAAUAAAGGAUGUAUCUCUAUCCCCAAAUUUCCGUUCUUCUGUUCCUUAUCAUAGCACUUCAAGGGAAAGAAAUCCGGAAACCACCGCACAUUAUAUUCAUUUUCGCAGACGAUUUGGGUAUGAAUGACAUCAGUUUGCGGGGAUCCCCACAGAUUCCAACACCGAACAUCGAUGCCCUUGGUCUCAAUGGAUUGUUCUUGGAUAAUUAUUACGGAGAGUGGCUCUGCACGCCCUCCAGGGGUGCUUUUCUCACUGGAAAGUAUCCUAGUCGAUUAGGUCUUCAACAUUCUGCUCUUCGACCGGGAGAAGCUUCGGGACUUCCUUUACGUGAAAAGACUUUACCACAGCAUCUGAAAAAACUGGGUUAUAAAACGCACAUGGUCGGAAAGUGGCAUUUGGGCUAUCAGAACAAAGAGUAUACUCCUACAUACAGAGGAUUCGAUUCGUAUUUUGGAUACUACAGCGGUUAUAUUGGUUAUUACGACCAUACUGUUUAUGAUACCACGCAUUUAGACAACAAUCCAGUAUAUUUUGGAUUGGACUUUCAUAAUGGCACCGAAAUUGUCACGGACAAGCAAGGGAAAUAUGCAACGCAUUUGUUCACUGAAACUGCUGAACAAAUUAUUCGUAAUCAUGACGCAUCGCAGCCCCUUUUCUUGUAUCUAGCUCACCUGGCAAUUCAUUCUGGCAAUCCCUUUAAGCCUGCAGAAGCACCACCAGAAGUUAUUUCAAAAUUUAAACACGUAAAGGAUUUUUAUCGAAGAAUUCAUGCAGCCACUGUAUCAGUUCUGGACGAUGGAGUAGGAACCGUUUUCAGAGCUCUUCACGAAAAAGAUAUGUUAAAGAACAGCAUCUUUAUGUUCGUUUCUGACAACGGCGGAGAAGUCAAUCCACGGGAAGGUGGUUACGGAUCCAAUUACCCCUUGAGGGGCAACAAGGAGAGCCCGUGGGAAGGGGGCAUCCGUGUCCCAGCGAUCAUUUGGAGUCCUCUACUCAAUCUUAAGAAGCCGCUUGUUGCUAAGCAGCUCAUGCACGUAUCGGACUGGCUCCCAACUUUGUACAAAGCUGCAGGUGGAGAUCCUCGUGAUUUGGGCCCCAUCGAUGGUUUUGACAUGUGGGACACAUUUCUGGAAGAUUCUCCCUCACCAAGAACUUACAUGCUGCAGAAUCUUGAUCCCCUUCUUGGAACAUCUGCAUUCAGGAUGAGAGAUCUGAAAGUGGUCAAUGGAAACACGAGCAGGGGUUUUGAUUUCUGGUAUGGCCCUUCCGGAUUUGAAAGUUUCAACCGUCCAGCUACCUUUGAAUGGGUUUUCAAUGAAGGGAGCGUCGUGGAAGAUGUGUUGAAGGAAAUGGGGAUGUGGAUCGUCGAAAAUCCUUACGAUGUGUAUGAGCGUCUUCGAAUAAAUUGUCAAAAGCCACCCCCUAAGGAUGCUUAUAGUAGUUGUCAGCCAGACAAAAAUCCCUGCCUCUUCAACAUCACCGAUGAUCCAUGUGAAUAUAAAAAUAUAGCAGACCAGCACCCAGAGAUGGUGGAAAAGAUGAUAGACAUUAUCAACAUGUACAAAGUAGAAUCUAUGGAACCUCAAGCUAAACCAAGUGAUCCACGCGGUGAUCCCAUGUGUCAUAAUUUCCUGAUUGUGCCCUGGCUGGAUCCGGAGAACUACAAUGAAUGCGACUUUGCUUUGGGCAGCAGCGUCACAAGCGAUCAUUGAUACAGAGGAUUUCUUGUUAAUCAAUGCCAUCCCUAUGAGCACAAAAUGCCGAACAAUAUUCAACAUCUUCCCGACAUUGGCCAACAUUCAGAACAUCUAACAUCCUGGGAAUAUCGCAAAAUAUCUUGUGCUAAUAGGGAUCAAUAUUUUGUUAAGAAUUAUUCUUCUAAUGUAAAAAAAAAAAACGAAAGCAAUAUAAAUAUAAUCAUAAGUUGGAUUACCGAUGCCCAUUCUGAAACACUUUCCACUCAAUUUUCAGGCACGACAUAAAGAUUUAUUAGUCUGGAAAUAUGUUUUCAAAUCCUGCAGCCUUUAAACAAUACCAUAAAACCAGUUAUUUCAUUCUAAUUUUAUAAUUUGGACUUAUCAAAAGAUAAAGGAUUAAUAUUCAUAGAAUUAAAGACCAGAUCAAUAUUUUGAGGUAAAUUUUCAAAAAAUAACUGUAUAACUACUGAAACUCCAACGCUACACCACUGUUGUCAACGUACCGAAGGAUAAACCUGGAAAUUUCAUUUCUUCUUUCUCGAAAAAAAGAAUACUCGAUUAAGAUACUAUUUUCUUUAUUGUGGCGACAUCUGUAAUUUUUAAUAAGAAUCAAAUAAUAAGAAGAGUUAAUAUGAUAAUCAGAAUUGCUUUCCAAAUUUUCAAAUACAUUAACAUCAAUGUUUUUCCCCUUAUUUAUUCUAUUUAAAAUAUUUCUUUUGAUUAUAUUAUUUAAAAUGUCAUCCAUUACCCUCAUUCUGACAACGUUUUCCGUUAUACAUUCUAUACUAAGUUCAAUUAUGGUGUUGAAUCCUUGAAUAGUUCCAACUCUCAAUUUAAAUUUAAAAAAAAAAAUCUCGAAACAAUACAAAAAAAAAUUUGCUACUUUCCACUAGAUGACAGCUCAUGUCAAAAUUUUCAGUUUUAAAGUUUAUAAAAUAUAUUGUAACUGAAAUAUGAUCUGCAUUGGUCCAAAUAAGUCUUCAAUGACUCUACUAUCUGUUAACAAAGGUAAUUGAAUAAUAAACUUAUUUUUCAACACUCAUAAUAAAGCAAUAUAUAGGGUGAAACUAUAGAAUUCUCGAAACACCAAACAUUCUGCCAUUUUUCAUGUUUGUCGAAAUGUAGACUUAGCUAUGCUGAUGCCUUUUUGAUAAAUUACAAGAAUUUUUGUCGUAUCAUUAAAAAUAUCCAUUUCUUAAAGUGACCAUU